CCUCUCCAUUUUCCUUUGCAAUUCUUCUGCACAAAUUCAUGGUCUUCCCGAACCCUAACCACCUACUCCCUGCUCACGAACAUCAUACAUUUAAAUUCAUAUACUAAUACUAUCGUGGCCUUAUUAAUCUUCAUUCUUCCUAUUCAAUGAUCAACAACUGACAAAGGGAAAGUUUUCAUUCAUAGUAUGAAUUUCUAUGAAUGAAUCCAACGUAGAAACAUUAAUGCAAAUUUGUAAUACUUAUAGUUUUUCAAUCGAUUUAACCUAUUCCUCAAUUAUACUAAAUGCGUUCCUUUGUUAUGGAUUUGAGAAGAAUCUCCUCUAUUAAACCCAAUUUCUUCUUUUCUUCCUUUCGCCGCCAAGUUUUUCCGCCAUUAAAGACACUUCAAAUUCAACCUUCCCAUGAACCUAAAUCUGUUGAUGAAAGUUUGUUGAAAUGGAUUUCUUCAGUUUUGUCAAACCCAUCUUUGGAUUCUUCCAAAUGUAAAGAAAUUUUGACUUCCUUAUCUCCUUAUCAAUUUGAUCAUGUUUUUGUUCAAAUUAAAUCAUCGGUUAGUCUUAAUCCUAACACCGUGUUGCGCUUCUUUUAUUUUGGGAUUGAAUCAUGUGGAUAUUCUUUUAGUGUUAAAUCUUAUUGUGGGUUGAUUCAUCUGCUUGUUGGGUCGGGUUUUUCUGAUUCUGCUAGAUUGUUGUUGAUUCGUUUGAUUGAUGGUAAAGUUCCCACUUGUUUUAACAAGUUUAGUGAUUUACAUAUUGAGAUUGCUACUGCAUUGAUUGAUUUGAACGUUGGUUGUUUAGGGGAGUCUAUUGGGAACCGUUCCUUUGAUUUGUUGAUUCAUGUUUAUUGUACUCAAAUAAAAAAUGCAGGUUUUGGAAUGGCUUUUGAUGUUUUUAAGGUUUUGACGCAGAGGGGAAGUUUCCCCUCAUUGAGGACAUGUAAUUUCCUUUUGAGCUCGCUCGUUAAGGCGGGCGAGCUUCAAAGGAGUUACGAGGCGUUUGAGAUUAUGAAGAGAGGGGUAGUGCCGGAUGUUUAUUUGUUUAGCACGGCUAUGAAUUCGUAUUUCAAAGGUGGUCUAGUUAAGGAUGGAAUCGAGUUGUUUCUGGAGAUGGAGAAACUAGGCAUUUCACCUAAUGUUGUAACUUAUAACAAUGUUAUUCAUGGACUUUGUAGGUGUGGAGAUUUAGAUAAGGCAUUUCAGUUUAAAGAGAGGAUGAUUAGGAAUGGUAUGGGGCCAAAUGUUGUUACUUAUGGUGCAUUGAUCAAUGGUUUGGUUAAGUUUGAGAAAUUUGAUGAAGCAAAGGGUUUAUUACAAGAAAUGUCAGAGAAGGGUUUAGUUGCUAAUGAAAUUGUUUAUAAUUCAAUAAUUGAUGGGUAUUGUAGAGUUGGUAACCUUGAGGAGGCUUUGAAAAUGAAAGAUUAUAUGUUGUCAAGGGGAAUUAGUCCGAACUCUUCGACUUUCCAUUCGCUUCUACGUGGGUUUUGCCAGAGUAGUAUGGCUGAGCAGGCUCAAUCUCUACUGCAGGAGAUGCUUUCAAGAGGUUUAUCAGUAAAUAUUGGGGCAUUUAAUUCUGUUAUUAGCUGUUUAUGUAUGAAUAGUACAUUGGAGUCAGUCUUGUGUGUUGUUGAAGAGAUGCUAGUUAGAAAGUUAAGACCUAACGAUGCUUUGCUUACGAAAAUUAUGGUUAGAAGCUUUAAAGAGGGUAAACAUACACUGGCUGUUGAGUUUUGGUAUAAACUUUUAGAAAGAGGGUUUACACCAAAUAUAGUGACUUCAAAUGCUUUGAUUCACGGGCUUUCAGAGGCGGGUAUUAUGUUUGAAUCUGUUAAACUUGUUAAGGAAAUGGUAAAAAGAGGUCUUGUAUUGGAUAGAAUCACAUACAACACUCUGAUCUAUGGUUGUUGUAAAAGUGGCAAAUUGGAGGUAGCUUUUAAUUUGAAAAAGGAGAUGGAAAGGUGUGGUAUUGAACCCGAAACUGCAACAUACAAUAUCCUACUUCAUGGUCUGUGUGUUGCCAAUAAGAUGGAUGAAGCUAUGAAGCUCUGGGAUGAGUGCAAAAGAAAUGGAAUGAUUUCAAAUAUUUAUACUUAUGCUGUUAUGAUCAAUGGGUUUGGAAAGUCCGGAAAAAUCGAGGAUGCAGUUGGUGUCUUCAAUGAGAUGCAUGCUCAGAAGUUAGAGCCAAAUUCAGUUGUUUAUAAUUCACUUAUAUCAGCAUAUUGCAGAGCAAAUAAUAUGGUCAAGGCUUUUCGUUUGCGCGAUGACAUGAGAGCCAAUAGUAUUCCACAAACUUUGGUCACAUACACAUGUCUUAUAGAUGGGCUGGCUAAUGCUGGUGAUCCUGAGCAAGCUAGGGAACUCUUUGAAGAAAUGGGCAAGUCAGGUCUGAUUCCUAAUGUUAUCUGCUAUACUGCGUUGAUGAGCGGUUACUGUAAGCUUGGUCAGAUGGAAAAAGCGGAGGCCAUCCUGAAAGAGAUGGGUUUGAAUGGCAUAUGUCCAAAUAAAAUCACCUAUACAAUCAUGAUUGGUGGGUUUUCAAGAAUGGGUGAUUCUGAAAAGGCAGCUAAGCUUUUGGAAAAAAUGGUUCAGGAUGGUAUUGUUCCUGAUAAAGUUACAUAUAAUGCUUUCACAAGUGCUUUGUGCAAAGAGGGGAUGUUUGAAGAAGCUUUUGGAAUGACUGAUACUAUGACACAACAUGAAUUUUCUUUGGAUGAUGUGACAUAUACAACCUUGAUUGAUGGACUGUCACAACCGGUGGCACUUGCGAACCAAGAGUGAUCAACAAGAAUCCUGAAAUUUCUCGAUGGUUUGGUACUUCCAUUGUCUUCAUCAUGAGCAUAGUUCAUGUCUUUCGUUCAUCUUUGAUAAAUGAAGUUGAAUUUUUCAACGCAUCCCUGUCGUAUUAAAAUUCCUUUUUGUGGACGAGUGUGAUUCUGUGAAGGUGAUGCGGCUGCAUCUUGCUUGAAAUUCGGUUUUGAGGAUUGAUGAAUCCAUAUAUUCUUCUGCCAGAUUAGUGAGAGGAUCAUGUCACCUAGAUCAUAAUAGAUGUUGUAGUGCUUCAUAUAGUACUUGCAUCUAGUAUUGGAAAUUGCAUGGAGGAUGGCGAUGUAUAGCAGAUGACGUGAUGAUCAUGUUUCCCUUCUUUUGCAGAAGGCCGUCUUGUUUUGUGGAACGCUGAUGCCAACUUCAACAAUUAUGUUUUCGUAUGUGCGUAUGUUUGUGCACAGCAUAGGUAACGUUUGCCAACUGUCAAUCACAUAUACAUCAUUUAUCAAUCUUUUUGUCUCUUUAUUUUUAUUUUGUCGGUCAGAACAUAAAAUUUGAACUAACUGGAAAAUAGGAAAGAAGGAAAUCAGUAUUGUGUUGAAUUUGGAUUUGGGAAUCUGUAGACGAAGGGAGGAAGUUUGGACGAGGAAAUCUGUAGAUGAAGGGAGGGAGUGUGAGUAAUUUCCCUCUUUCCUUCCCUUUGUUUAAUGCUAAUGAAACACACUAAGGGGUUGUUUGGUAUUCACUUUUCAAGCAUCGUGUAAAAAUAAUGUUUUCCCUUGUUUCCUCAUAAUUGACUGAUGAAACUUCAUGACCCCUUCAAUGGAGGAUCUAAGAGGAGAAAUGAGAUAAAGCUUAAAUGAAAGAUGAAAGAGCAUGACAAAGACAUUAAACCAAUUCCGGUUCUUUGGUUCUCUUUGUUUCUGCUUUUUCUCUUACAUCUCUCUAUUACAAACAAUUAAUAAUGAAAAUGCUUGAUAUUAACCUUAUCUCUUUAUGUAUUCCCUUUUCAUUAUUCAUACCAAACACCCCCUUAAUGUUUUGAGAUUCGCCUUGCUGCCUUCUUGUUGGUAUUGGUGUUGAUUGUAUGUUCAUUUCAAUGUAACAUAAUCCCCCGGCUAAUUUGCAAUUCACAAUUCGCUCAUUAUGACAGUUCCGGAAUAUGUCCCAACAUUUUUUUAUCAUAGGGUUGGCUUAGGGAAGGAGAAGGUUAAGUGAGAAUUGAAUCCAAGGCCUAACCUGGGAAAAGUGAUACUUGCUUCAACUGAGACAAGACCCGAUUCUUGAAAUAUGUCAAAUUUUGAUAUCUUCACUCUGUUUACUGCAGCUUUUGGAACAAGGGCUAUUUUUUGUUUAUUUUGAUUCAGGGGUAAGGCUGGAGAAUUCCCUACAAGCAAGGGGGAAGAGGAGAAUCGAACCUCAAAACAAGGGAAACUUACUAGAGCAGAUGAGAAGUUAGAGAAGAUUCAUCAUGGCAACAAGUUUAAAAUUAGCUCACAAGGCUCUUGAACCUGAUCCCAUCGAAUCAGUAUUGUACUGCUGUGUCCCUCAAGGCUUUUUUGCAUUUCAGGAUUACUCUUCUCGGAGAUUACAAAUCUCAAUUACUCUCUUAUCAAUUUAUGCAUGCACUGAAAGCUUGGUGAGACGAAACAAAGUCUGAUCAUGAGUUUCUUGGCAUUACACAUAAGUUCUCGAAAAUGUUAAAUUCCCGCUAGCGUGGUUUAAUUGGAUUCGACCUAGCUAAUGGUAGCUUGCAACGAUCAGCAGCAAGAAUUUUCUUUUCUCAAUUGAUAUAGCUCGUGCUCGGAAGAAAGGAGAACUCGAAAAAACUGGUUCUCCUUCAGUAACAGCUUCUGAGUUAGAUUCUUGUAAAUCAAUCUUUAGUAGGGUUAAGCCUUUGUAGUUAUUGUAGUAUAAUUGUAUUUUAGUGAUAGUGAUAGUUUUAGUCAUCUAUAGGAAUAUAUUUAAAAAUUUUAUUUCAUGAGCUAUUCUUUUUUGUUUCAUUAAAAAAUAUAAAAUUAAUAUGAAAUUAAAUCACUGGUUA